AUGUCCCGAAACCCUAUUGCCGCCGAGCUCCGCCGCAGCAUGGAGGCGUAUUUUGCCCACACCCGGUUCUGCUUCGGCCCGCACCAAGUGCUCCGAUUGCGUCGGUGGAUGGAGCUAGUGUACCUCCGCGAGCAUCCGCUCGUGGCCAUCGACGUGGAGGCGUGGGAGCGAGACCUGCGGCACAUCACGGAAAUCGGCGUCGCCGUGUACGACCCGGUGGACCAGUACUUGCUGGCGCAGCCAUACAUCCGCACGCUCCACAUUUUGGUGGAGGAAAACCGCCACCGCACCAACGGGCGGUACGUGCCCGACAACCUGGGCCGCUUCAACAACGGCGUGUCGUACCGCAUGUCCAGCGCCGAGCUGCGGGGGCUUUUGCGGGAGAUUUUGGCGCAGUAUCUCACGGCGCGGCGCGGCGUGUUGGUGGGCCACAGCUUGCGCGGCGACGUGGCGUGGCUCGCCCUGCACGGCGUGGACGUUGCGGGCGUGGAAACCGUCGACACCGAGCAGGUGCACCGGCUUCUGCGCCGCGAGGGCGGCCUGGUGCGCGGCUUGCUCCGCACGAUGCAGAUCCCGCACCUGAACCUUCACAACGCGGGCAACGACGCCUACUACACGUUGUUGGCGGCGCUCGCGUACCUUGAUCCGGCGCAACGCACACGCUUUGGGCUUGAUGAGGAGGCGCCGCCGCGCGACGAGACUGCUGUGGUGCCGGGCCAGAAAUCGGCCAAGGCGCGCAAACGGGCAGAGCGCUUUACGGACAGCGCGCGCGUUUUGAGCGCGGCCGAGGCGCCUACGCUCGAGGAGUUUAUGCGCUCCAACACUGUAGAUAGAAACGGCGCUUGA